AUGUCGACCGAGUCAUCAGCGAAACCGACGUCGAGCGAGAAUAUCGUCGCGCAGAAGUAUGAUCGUUGCUUGGCGGAUCUCUUGGUGAAGUCAGGAGUCGGCUUCAGCGCAGGCGUCAUCGCCUCGGUCAUUCUCUUCCGCCGACGCGCAUGGCCCAUCGCGCUGGGCACCGGCUUUGGCAUGGGCGCAGCAUACGCCGACUGCGACCGCUCAUUCAACCCCGCACGGAUACCGGGGACGCGCGUAAUUACGGCGCAGGAGCUUGCGGCGCUCGCGACACAGGACAAGUGA